GUCGCUCAGUUGCUCGCUCGCAUUCGUUAGGUUCGCAGUGAGAAAACCGAAACAAAGUCACCCCAGAAGGGUUUCGCUUUCCCCGUGUGCAUUAAUAGCAAAAUAGAGUCAGCGCGAUUCUUUGAACCAGAAUCCAAGAACAAAAAGUCUAAAUCUAGCAGUUAGCAUUCAAUUGGAUUUGUUGUUCGCAAAAUUAGUAGUUCGUGAUUCGCGCGUGCAUCGAAGGGCAAUCAAAGGAGGCCCCUCAUCUAUUUGAAUCGGGAAAGAAGUACCCCCCCAGAAGAGGAUUGCUUGGAUCCUUUCGAAGGAUUACACGUAAAAUAGUUACUCUCGCACAAAUUUGGAGAGUAAAUUUUUGGUGCACUUCCGGAACGGUGUGAACUUUGCGCUGAAGAACUUGACCCGCAAAUCGGAGUAAAAGUUUAAGGAAAAUAAUCGACCCACAGCCGAGACCAUCUGUUUGAUCCUGUAUCAGAGUGUGCACAAGAAUUGGUACAAAAUCCGAAAUAGGUGAUUUUUGUGUUUGUUUCCGUCUUCUGCCACGCCUGGGAUGAACGACAGAAAGGGCGCAGAACUAAGAAGAAUGCCAUAGAGAAAGUGUAUAAUGUAACAAAGAAAAAUAAAGGUGCAAAGCUACAAAGUGAUCGAAACGUAGAAUUUUGUGAAACUGUGAAGAAAACAAUAGAAGAAAGAGUGCCGAUUCAGGAAGGAAGAGCUAAAAAUAAAACACCCAAACCGAAAUUAAAAGAGUGUUUCUAGAGAAGCAGAAAGAGUUGUACAACCAAGUGCGAAAGAGAAAAAUCUAGAAUCAAAUUUGGGGCCAGUUUUAUAGAUCGUGCGUCUUGUGAGUGUGUGUGUGUGCAGCGUAUAUUGUGUGGAUUCAAAAGGGGAAGAAUAUUGUGUGUUCAGUUUAUCGAUGCUCGCAACAGCGAUGGAUAACAAAGAGAACGUUUUCAACGGAGCUCGGGACGGCAAUUUGGUUGUACUGAAGCGAUACAUCAGCGGUCGACCACAAAAUGAGAUCGAAAUGUUGGUAACGGCAAAGACAGGUGGCGCCACCCCGCUGCUGAUCGCCUGCCGGAAUGGUCACUUCGAUGUGGUACAGUACCUGAUCAAACGAUGUCACGCCGAUGUCGAACAGCCGGGAUCAGUGAUCUUCGACGGCGAAACGAUAGAGGGUGCUCCGCCCCUGUGGUGCGCCUCAGCCGCCGGCCAUACCAGCAUAGUGAAACUCCUAGUCCAGCACGGUGCCAAAGUGAACAGUACAACCAAAACCAACAGCACACCCCUGCGGGCGGCCUGCUUCGAUGGCCACUAUGAAAUCGUCAAAUACCUAGUAUCACAUGGUGCCGAUAUUGAAGUGGCAAACCGCCACGGUCACACCUGCCUGAUGAUCGCCUGCUACAAGGGACACUACAAAAUUGCACAAUACCUUCUGUCGCUCAAAGCGGACGUGAACCGACGCAGCGUGAAAGGCAACACUGCCCUGCACGAUUGUGCCGAGUCCGGUUCGCUGGAAAUCCUCCAACUGCUCCUGCAGCACGGUGCCACAAUGGAUGUAGAUUCCUACGGAAUGACACCCCUCUUGGCUGCCAGCGUCACAGGACACCUGCCCAUCGUAGAACACCUCAUCAGUCUGCCAUUUGUGAAACGGGACGAUAGAGUAGCGGCCCUCGAACUCCUCGGUGCAACCUACGUAGAUAAGAAACGUGAUAUGCUCGGUGCACUCUCGUUCUGGAAACGUGCCAUGGAAGAUAGAUAUAACAACAGCCCGGUCCUGCCGAAACCAGUGCGCGACCAGGUUCCCGCCUACGACUUCGGCCAGGAAGUGAAUGACCUCAGCGCCCUGGACGAGCUGGUGAUGGACCCGGACGAGAUGCGUAUGCAGGCGCUGCUGAUACGCGAACGGAUACUCGGGCCGGUUCAUCCCGAUACCAGUUACUACAUUCGCUUCCGAGGUGCCGUCUACGCCGACUCAGGUCGUUUCGACCGGUGCAUAGAACUGUGGACGUACGCACUGUCGAUGCAGCAGAACAUCCUGGAACCGCUGAACCCGAUGACGCAAUCCUCCCUACUCUCGUUUGCGGAGCUGUUCAGCUUUAUGCUGGGCGAAGCCGGUCGACCGAUCACCCGCGGACGGAUCGUACCGCCGAUCGAAACCUCCGACAUGUUGAUCAUCUUCAAGAAAUCGAUCCGCGAGGUGCAACUCGGCCAGCGGAUGAUGGAACAGAUGCCAUGCCACGAACGGGACAGUACGGCCCUGAACCGCGCCCUCGUCAUCUCGCUGCAUUUGGCCUGCCUGCUGGCUCGGCUGCUCGACGAGGACGAGGAAAUUUGUUGUGAUAGUAUGAAACACCAGAUUCUGCGUGCUUUCUACGAAUUAGUCAGUUUAAAAAUUGUAGCAAAAUCCGGCCGAACGGCGUUACAUCUCGCGUGCUACAAGGAGGCGGCCCUCGUCGGACGCUAUCCGGCCUGCCAACUGCCAUCGCCACGCCUCGCCAAAGCACUGCUCCAGGUCGGUGCCGAUCCGAACGCACAGGACGAAGCCGGCAACACGCCCCUGCAUUUAGCGGCCCUCACGCGACCCUGCCCGGCCAAUCUGGCACAGACGCUGCUGGAGUACGGGGCGCAUUUGGACACCAAAAACCUAGAUGGGGACACGUUCGAAUCGUUGCUGCAGAACCAACGCCUCCACGAGCUGGUCAACCCGAUCAAGUACACCCGCCUGUCCUGUCUGGCCGCCCGGGUCCUGCAGCGUCACGCCAUCGAAUACCACAACCAGGUGCCCAAGUGUUUGUACGAGUUUAUCGAUUCCCACUAGACCUAGGAGUCGCCCGACGGCGGCGGCAGGACGGUAGCAAUAAUGUGUAUAGGAUAUUGAUCGUUUUAGUUGGACAAAUCCCCAGGCCCGUUCGUGGCUGUACGUAUUUUGUAGCUUCCAGAAAGUUUGGAUAUUUUUUUGGAAUUUAAGGUUAAUGAGAGCGAGAGUGAGUGUAGAGUAGUAAAGAAUUUGACACCUAUUUACAGGUUUUAAGUUUUCGAAAAAGUGCUGACUUAGAUUUGAUGAAUGCUCACUAACUCAAUCACAAUUUUGACACGAUUUUCAUUGAUUAUUACGACCGUCAGCUACCGAUUUGAGCGAGCAAUUCAAAACGGACUAGAGUGAUGAGUUUCAUUUCAGAGUGUAAAGAAUAAACAACUAUUCAGAGCAGGCUUUAGCUCGGCUGCGAGACACACACCCAGGAAGGUUUCAUUUCUUAACUAAUGUGACAGUUCGCUAUUUUGUGAUGAGCUCGCAGUAAAGCUACGAGAAAUGCUACUAUUCAGCUGUUUUUUUUUAGCCUCGGACGUGUCUGAACCCCCUGAAGUGGGUUUCGUUACAAAUGAGAAGAUUUAAGUUUAUUUUUCGUGUUCGCAGUAAGAUUUUUCGUUUAGUUUAUAGAAGCUCCUAAGUUUUCCUAUGCCAACUUUACAUAUGCUUAAGCUUGUGAGAGAAAGAGACGAACAAACGUCGUGAGAAACGUACGGUGAUAGUUAAGGAAGAUAUAGGUUUUAAAGAGAACAACUCCCUGGAAAUUUCAUUUAUUCGCUCAUUGAACUCGUUAUUUUUGUUAGCUUUAUUAUUCUAGUGGAACGAUUCAUACAGUUUCCUACCGUUUACGUUUUAGGUUAGCGCUUAGAAUGUAUUGAAUUUUCAUCUUCAUUUCAUUUUCAAAGUGUUCAGGUAAACAUAGUCUCCCCCGUGUUAUUAAAAUGUAACGAACAAUGUACUAAGCAGCCGGUUUAUCUGCGAAACAUAACUGAAUAUAGAACAAUUUCAUUUAACAGACAAAUAAAAAAAAUGCUCCCUAAUCUUUGAUCCACCCGGGUGGAACUUUAGCUAGAGAAAUAUCAAAAUCAAAUCCUUCACUGCAACAUCAAUCCUAUUCGGUCUUAUAUGUAAACGGUACCGAACAUACAACACCACCUUUAGCUACAUUGUCCCGUGAUAUCGGAGCACCAUCUCGCCAUCACAAUUUACAAACAAACAUCGUUUUAUCGACUACUCUUGGUACUAUAACUUGCUGCUUCUCAAUCUAUAUCGUUGGAUAAUAGUGCUGUGUUGGUGUAAUAACCCGAGAAAAAAAUAAACAGUUGAACGGGCAAUAAAACAGACUUAUAGCGUUUAAAUGAAAGUAGCAAAACUAAACAAUUGUAGUGACAUAUAGACACAAUAAAAAACCAGUAGGAGAAACAACGUUUGCGAAUAUCAACCACACCCCCCGCACACAUACAUACUUCGACAUCCAGUACGUAGCCGUGGAUAGAGAAUUGGACGAAUGAGAAGAAACAAAACAAUCGCCAUUUGCAUAUGUGUUACAGCAAAGGAGAGCAAAGCAGAUAAUAAGUGAACCAUGUUAACAGCAGGCAAUGUAUCAUUUUAACCCGCGUUGACGAAUGUAUAAUAGAAACCUGUAUCCUACCGGAACUGGAAACGGAAAAUAGAAGAUGAAAAUAGGUAUUAGGAAAAUGGAAAAUAAAAAGGAUAAGAGCGAAUAGGAACAACAAAGCUGCAAAAAAGGAACCAGAACGAUUAUUAUUAUUAUGAAAGAUUAUACAGAACGAAAAUUAUUAAAAA